AUGAGAAAGACUGACGAUGAUGCUGAUACAGCUUUCCUACGAGCUUUUCCAUUCUCAUUGGCGGACCAAGAAAAAUCAUGGUUAUAUUGUCUCCCUUACGGAAGUAUUACCACAUGGAACGGAAUGAAUAAGCUGUUUUUAGAGAAGUAUUUUCCUGCUUCUAAAGAUGCAUCUAUUCGUAAGGAUAUUAGUGGCAUUGUGCAAUUUAAUGGAGAAUCUCUGUAUGAAUACUACGAUAGAUACAAUAGAUUGUUGGCGAGCUGUCCAAACCAUCAAAUACCACCGCAACUCAUUAUCACACACUUUUAUGAGGGUUUACUACCACAUGAGAGACACUUGAUUGAUGCGGCUAGCAGUGGUGCACUGGCUAAUAAAACUAUCGAGGAAGCUACUAGUUUGAUUGAGAGCAUGGAUGCAAACACUCAACAGUUUUAUACACGAUAUUCCUCAACAGUUAGAAGAGUUAGCGAUAUGGGAGAUUUUUCACACAUGGAGCAACAAAUGAGUAAUAUGGAAAAAAUGGUACAAUGUAUAAUAUCUGAAGUUGUUCCUUCAUAUGAAGAGGAUGCCGAGGUAAAUGUUGUAUUUCCUAAUCAUAUGACAAGUUAUGCCAACAAACAAGCAGCAGCUCCCAAUCCUUAUAUGAGACAAAAUGGGCUUCAACAACAAUUCCAGCAAUCUCAAAAACCUCAGAAUCAAGGCCCCAAUCUUGAAGAUUUGCUUAAAACUUACAUACAGAAGCAGGAUAUGGCGAUGAAGAACAUUGAGACAAAGAUGAGUCAACUAGCAACUUUUGUAGGAAAGUUAGAAGCACAAGCAGCUGGAAAACUACCAUCACAACCUUACGUGAACCCAAGAGAGCACGUUAAUGCAGUAACUUUAAGAAGUGGGAAACUAACAGAGGAGCCAAAGCAACAAAAAAAUGGUAAUAGCGACAUCUAA